UCUGCAGUGUGUCAGAGUGGACACACAGACCACGGUUCCACCACAUGAGACGUCGAGAGCUCGACCUGGUACUGAAGAUUCUCUGAUGGUGACAGUCGAUGUGUUGAUAAUUGGGGCUGGCCCUCAUGCUCUGACCCUUGCGACCCUGCUCUCUCGUCCAAACAACCCUGACCCAAACUCAGAUGACUCACUGCUCUCCCCGUCCUGCUCCAACUCUCCAAGGUCUGAGCCACAUCCUGGAACAUCCAGCAACAGAUGCUCCAGUAGCAAGAAGAAGAGGAGGCCAACAACUGAAAGGACACCGGAGGAACGACCAGCAGCGAUACCAGUAUCAAGGAGCCCUGUUUCCCCCCCACUGAGUCUUCAAGUGGUAGAUUCCUAUGGAGAGUGGACCACUCUGUGGGAGAGCCAGUUCACAGCACUGAGCAUCCCUCAUCUGCGCUCACACGUACUGGUGCACACAGACCCUCUCAAUAAGAGAGCUCUGGAGGAGUUUGUUGUAAAGAGUGAUCGUUCAGCAGAGCUUCACUGUCUCCCAGAUCAGGUUUAUAUUCUGGACGAAAAUGCAUUUUUCAAUGACAUGCGACUUGGCAAGAAGGAGAAGAAACGGCUAAACAUCACCUCGACACUUAAGAAGAGUUUAUCCUUCAGUCUGCCAGGAACCAAACUGAGUGUGGAUUUCUUCAAAGAUCAGGUGGAGAGAUACAACCUGGACGGAAUGCUGGUGAAGGGAACCGUGGAGCGCAUCGUCCCCGUUAUUGAGCCCAGGGAAGAAAAGACGGACUGUGUGAAGGAGGGUGACGUCGUGAGAGUGACGGACGGGGACAAGAAGAAGAGAGUGAAGUAUUUUCAAGUCCAACUUCGAGAAGGCAUCACCUUAAAAGCUCAUCGGGUCGUUAUGGCAACAGGACCGACCCGUGCCCCGAUGGCAAACAUCCCUCCAUGGGUAAAAAGCAUUGGCGAGAGCUAUCCAGAGGAGCGCUUGCAGCACACAGUGCACCUCAUGCACUGUCUGUCAAAUGCGAAGCACAAGGAGAGAGAGACUUUACUCCCUGAAGAAUUGUGUGUAGUGUGUGAGAGACGGCAGAGAGUAAUGGUAGUUGGUGGAGGUCUGACCAGCGCUCAUGUCGUCUCACUUGCCCUGCAGCGAGGUGCCAGCCAUGUGACCUGGGUCAUGAGGAAACACCUCCAGCUGAAACAGUUCGACGUGGGUGACGUGGAGAGCCUGGUGGGUCGUUACUCCCAUGUGGAGCACGGCAUCAAGAUGGACGGCCAAGCGUACCUACGGCAAUUCUACGGCGAGCGGAGUCUUCACAAACGGCUGGCGAUGAUUCGCCAGGCAAGGAAAGGAGGGGCCGUCACACCAGAGGCCUACAUCCACCUACAGCCAUUCAUACUGAAGGGACAGGUGGAUGUGAGGACAUACUGUCAGGUGAGUGAAGCCACCUGGUGCUACAAGAGCCAGGCCUGGAGUCUGUCCCUCAGCACCGGAGACCACUGGACUGGAGAUAUGAUCUGGCUCGCCACUGGCUGCAAACUCGAUGUGAACCAGGACCCGUUGCUUUCUGAAGUGAUAAAGGAUUUCCCAAUUCAAGUGAUAGAUGGCUGGCCGUGCAUUUCAGAAAGCUUACAGUGGGCAGAAGGGUGCCCACUCUAUCUGAUGGGGCAGUACACUGCUCUUCAGGUUGGCCCUCACGCAGUAAACCUGGCAGGCGGACAGGCUGCCAGCAAGAGAAUCACCGAGGACAUCAUGCGUCACAGGCAGCAGGACAGUGGAGCUGCGUCUGAAUUGAACGGGGAGAAAUCUAAAACUAGAGAAUAUAUUCAACAAAUGCAAGGACUGCUAUGGCUUUAACUGAGACCGCAGGAGGUCAAAUUCACAUCCGUCUGAGCAGUUUUAUCCUAGUCAAAUAUACGACAAACCAACAACUAUCACAGCAUCAGGGACGUGUAUGUUAAUUAUAUUGAUAUUUUAUACAUUAUAGCCCACUCUGCCCCCUUUUACCUGUUGAAAUACCUGUAAAGGGCUAUAGUGCAAACAGUAACAUGCAGUAAUCCAGUUGCUAAAAAGUGAUUCAUGCUCCUGGUCACUCA